AUGUCUGACUGGUGGACGCAGCCGAGCACGCCGGCGCGCCAGUCGGCGUUCUCUUCGCCUGCGCGUGCGUCGUCCUCCCGCGCGCGCUUCGUCAGCGAUGACCCGGACCCGAACUCGGAGGCACCCAAGUUCUUACCCACUUUCGCCGCCAGCCCCGCCGCCAAGGUUGCUCUUCUCGGAGGUUCAGCUAACCUUCAGGGCAGCUCGCCAGGCGCCGCUUCGCCGCCGGCACCGAAGCGCUCUCCGACUGCGCGCUUCUCCUCCUCUAUCAACGAGUCGACCUCCUCCCCCCGCGGAAACAUGACGCGGUACCGUGCCUCCCAGGCCGAUGAGGACGGUAUCCCGACCUCGUCGCUGCACGACGACCCGCCGGCGCGUGCGACCCCGCAAGCGCCCGCCAGCAUUCCCGUUCCCCCCGCGCUCGAGCCGGAUGCGGACACAACGACGCUGCACGUCUUUGGUCCGCCCGUCGAGUUCCUCUCCACGCUGCGCGCGUACCUCGAGUCCAUCGGCCCCGUUAUCAGCUACGUCCCCGGCCCGGACGGGAGUAACUGGUGGGUCGUCACUUAUGGAGAUCCCCUCGCUGCCAGCUAUGCGCUGCGCCGCCACGGAGAGAUUGUGAAUGGGCGGUGGAUGCUGGGAUUCAAGAUUGCGGGUCCGGGAUCGACGCAGGGCCUCACCCUCGUUAGCGGUGUUGGACCUGCUCCUGUCAACUCGUCGGCUGCGGGUAAUGCCGUCGAGCUCAAGAGUGCCAGCAUUAUCCGACCCAAACCAAAAGCGAGCGAAGUUGCGAAGGAGGACUACGCUUGGGAGGAGCCGGAGCAGCCGUCAGGCAUUCUUGGACGUGCCGCGGAGCUUAUUAGUGUUGAUACCGUGUACGAUAGACUCAUGUGA